GUCAGUUUUUGGGCACUCAGUCUCUAAAAGGUUCGCCAUCACUGAUAUACUGCUUCAGUUGCAACAGGAAACUGGUUUACCUUCUCUCAAAAGAUCAUCAUUUCACAUAGUAAUGCUAUAAGAUAAGCCAGCACAUUCCUGGACAUUACAGUCACUCAAAACCUCUGAGAAUAAGUGUAUAUAAGAUUGCAGUUUGCAAAGCAAACAAAUAUUCCUAUUUAUUGUGGCCUAAACCAUGGUAAUCUCUUAUAUUUUUACCUGAUCUAUUUACCACUUUUGCAAGAGAUUAGUUUCACAAAACAAGUAGUUUAAAAUCCCAUGACACUAAAUACAGUGAAACUUUCUUCUGAAUAAAUAUGAUAAGGGUUGUACUUUACAUUCUAUGGAUUUAUUUUAACAGUAUAUAUGCUAUCCAGUAGUAGUUCAUAGGAGAGUAAAACAAAACAUUCAAUAACCUUAUACAAAGGGCUAGAUCAGGCUAAGACAUAAUUUCCUUCACUAUAUUUUACUCAACUGUCAUCAUUUGCCAUAAACAUGAUUAAUACAGUAAAUCACUAUAUUUGGGUUUGCACAACGUCAACAAAAACCAAACAAAUCACUUUGUGUUGUAACAUAAAAGUGUGAACCCAGAGAACUGCUAGAUCUGUACAGCAUGCUUAUCAAAGUAAAAUCAACAUAACAGAUGACUGUGAUCUCUAAGUCCCAAGCACUGAAGAUUCAUAAGCAAAUUUUCUAUGCUCUAGAAACAUUGUGAGCAGUUGCAAUCUAAUGAGAAAAAAAGAACAGGACAGAUGAUGACAUUAGCCUUAUACUGAAAAUCUACUAAAAUCAAACUCAACUUUAUGGAUACACACAUGCAAUUUGAUAUGCACAACACAGAAAUGGUUUGCCAGUCCUUUCUUCCAAGAUGCCUUUUGACUUUCCAGUUUAGUUUAUAACCCUGGUUUUUCUUAAAUAGGGCUUAAUCUUAGUACAGAUCUUAGUACAGAUACUGAACACUACUUUGUUUCCAAACUGAAGCAAGGUUUGGAUUUGAAUAGCUCUCGCAUUUGAUGCUGAGCAAACUAUACUGAAGACCUGAUUAUUCUUCCUGGCCUUGGAGAGGCUGAAGAGGAAGCCCCUAUUGAAUAAGAUUUUAUUAUGUUAUUUUAUAUUCUCUUUACUAUUUUUAUAAAUAACUCAAAGUAGGGAACAUACCUAAUACGCUUUUCUAUUUUUCCCUCAACAACCCUGUGUGAUGGGCUAUUUUGUUUAUAUGUCUGUCUUAAAACUGCUUAUGAUUUUUUAUUUUUUAAUACUGUUCUCAAUUUUUAAAUUGUGAACCACAGGAGUCAUUGAAGUGACCUCCAAACUUCUAAAACAAAAUAAGAUUAUCAUGCUGCCACCUGCCUUAUAAUAUCAUCUUUAAAUGCAGAUUAAGGUAUGGAACAAUCCUAAUUGCCAAUGCCCACAUAGUCUACUGGAUUCAAACAACCUACAUUAUCUAAGCAUUGGAAAAUAGUAUUCUUUUAAACAAGGGAGAAGACCAUAUGCACUAUCCACUCAUUAUAUAACCCAUCUUUCUUUCAUAAUUGGGAGGCAGGCUCACACGCUGGCAGCAAAAUAGUUUGUCCUUCUUGCCCCUUCCUUCCUCUCUUUCCGGUCAUCAACUACUAGGAGACAAUGAUUGUCCACAUUGGUGAAUGAAGUAAAUGUGCAGCCAAAGUAGAUUCAGAACUACUGAGCAGUCAUUUAUUGCCUGCUGGAAAUGGAAGGAGAAGGGAAGAAAAGAAAAGGAAAGGAAGGAGAAGGGAAGAGGAGAUUUGUGGUGAUCCAUGGUCAUUUUGCUUAGCUCUCCUCGGACGGUGCGGCAACUAAUACAAGAGGAGGCGUUAGGGAAGUAGCCUUGCGAGCUCUCGCCUAGUAAGCAAGUUGGGCCCCGGUCCUGCGGGGAACUGCAUUGCGGCUUGGGGAAGGAGAGAGCGCGCGCGAGGCGGUCAGAAAGAAGGUGAAGUAGAGUGGUGGCGCACCUUCCGAGGGAAGACCAUGGCGAAAUAAAACCGGGUCGGCGAGUGAGAAGAUCUGAUAGCGAGAAAGCACAGCGCCCCUGAAAGGAGGUGACAUAACAACUACCCCACCGACUUCCAGCAGCGAGCUGGUGUAAAUGACUGCUGUGGCCUCAAAGACCAAGAGAACCUGCCCAGUCAGCUGAAGCCCCCUGUGGACAGCUGUCUCUCCCUUGCUCUCAGUUGAUGGAAACUGCUAGUAGCCACUGAAUGGGGGAGAGUGAAGUAAAACCACAGGACCAGCAGCUGCAGCUCCAGCGGUGGUGGUGGUGGCGGCAGCAGCAGCAGCAGCAGCAGCAAGCAAGAGCUCUAUUGUUCCCAAGUCUUAAACAGUUUUCUUCCUUUCCAACUGAAAUGCACAAUAGCUGGAAAGCCAUUUCCAGUCUCCCUGCCCUGUGAAGAAAUCUUGUGACUGGAGGAGGGGUGGGUGGGAGAAACCCUUCAGGCAAGGGGUUCUCCAUUGUGCUGCUGGUUUGAAGAGUGAGCAGGCUCCUGGAAGACAUGGAGAUGGCAGAGCAGUAUGUGGCUUUCCUUGGUGGUGUGGUGGUCUCAGCUCACCCAAGCAAGUGCCUGGAGAUCCUUGCACUUCUCUGGUUUGCGAUCUGGGUCGCUACGGCACAAAGUGAAUUGGAAACUUCGGUGUAUUUGUGGAAGACAGGUUCGUGGGGUAGGUGCAUGGGAGAUGAAUGUGGCCCCGGAGGCACUCAGACUCGAGCUAUAUGGUGUGCUCAUGUGGAAGGAUGGACCACUCUCUUCACAAAUUGCAAGCAGGCAGAAAGACCUGACAACCAACAAAAUUGCUUCAGAGUUUGUGACUGGCACAAAGAACUGUAUGACUGGCAGCUGGGCAGCUGGAACCAGUGUCAGCCAAUUCUUUCAAAAAGCAUUGAGAAAACAACAAUAUGUUUGAACGGGGAAGAAGGAAUUCAGAGGAGAGAUAUUAUUUGUGUCCAAAAAUCAAAUGGUGUGAUAGUUGAGGACGCCAUAUGUGAAUACUUUGAGCCAAAGCCUCAGCUAGAACAGGGUUGCCUCAUUCCUUGCCAGCAGGACUGCAUUGUAUCUGAUUUCUCAGCCUGGACAGAGUGCUCUAAGAGCUGUGGCAAAGGGCUCUCCUACCGUUUUCGUCAUAUUGUAGCUCCCCCUCGAUAUGGAGGCUCUGCCUGCCCCAACCUGACAGAGUUUCAGGCUUGCAGCUCAUCCCCCUGCGCCACUGAAGAAAACCUGUACAGUCUGAGCGUGGGAUCCUGGAGUACCUGUUCAAUUCCUCACUUGCGGCAUGUCAGACAGGUAAGAAAACGUGGAAAGAACAAGGAGAAGGACAAAGAGAAAAACAUUCGGGAUCCAGAAACCCGGGAACUGAUUAAGAAGAAAAGGAAUCAUAAUAGGCAGAACAGACAGGAGAAUAAAUAUUGGAAUAUACAAAUUGGAUAUCAGACCCGGCAGGUGAUGUGCACACACAGGAAUGGAAAGACGGUUGCUUUGAGCUUUUGUCAACAAGAAAAGUUGCCAAUUACAUUCCAAUCAUGUGUGAUCACAAAGGAAUGCCAGGUGUCAGAAUGGUCUGAAUGGAGCCCGUGUUCCAAAACAUGUUUUGAUAUGACAUCCCCAAAAGGGUAUCGUACAAGAACACGGACAAUCAAGCAAUUUCCUAUUGGCAAUGAAAGUGAGUGUCCAAACCUAGAAGAAACAGAACAGUGUGUAACUCAAGGAGAUGGAGUGACUGCUUGUAUCACAUAUGGCUGGAGAACCACGGAAUGGACAGAAUGUCGCAUUGACCCUUUACUCAGCCAACAGGAUAAGCGGCGGGGAAAUCAAACAUCUCUUUGUGGAGGUGGGAUUCAGACCCGGGAGGUGUAUUGUGUGCAAGCAAAUGAAAAUCUUCUCUCCUAUUUAAAUACACUCAAGGAAAAGAAAGAAAGUCAGUCCCAGAGAACAUCAAAGACUAGUGCUGCUCCACUUCUAUCCAUCACUUUUGAAAUAACAGCUUCUAAACCUGUGGAUUGGAAACUGUGCACAGGCCCUAUUCCCAGCACUACCCAACUGUGCCACAUCCCAUGUCCUAUAGAGUGUGAGGUAUCAGCUUGGUCAGCAUGGGGGCUUUGUACCUUUGAAAACUGUGAGGACCAGCAAGCCAAAAAGGGUUUUAAAUUAAGAAAACGUCGCAUCAAAAAUGAACCCACAGGAGGCACUGGCAACUGUCCCCAUUUGAUUGAAGCGAUCCCGUGUGAAGAGCCUUCUUGCUAUGAAUGGAAAAUAGUGAGCCUGGAUGAGUGUAUUCCAGACAAUGAGAAAGAUUGUGGACCUGGUACACAAGUGCCUCAAGUAGUCUGCAUCAGCAGCGAUGGAGAAGAAGUUGACAGACAGCUCUGCAGAGAUGCUAUCUAUCCUGUCCCCAUUGUCUGUGAAAUUCCAUGCCCAAAGGACUGUGCUCUCAGCACAUGGUCUAGAUGGUCCUCCUGUUCUCACACCUGCUCAGGGAAAACCACAGAAGGAAAACAGAUGCGCACCCGCUCCGUCCUUGCAUAUGCAGGUGAAGGUGGCCUUCAGUGCCCAAAUAUCAGCAUGCUACAGGAAACACGCACUUGCAAUGAACAUCCUUGCACAGUUUAUCACUGGCAGACUGGACAGUGGGGGCAAUGCAUAGAAGAUACUUCUGUGUCCGCAUUCAACUCUUCCGCUGGUUGGAAUGGAGAAGCCACCUGUGCUGUUGGAAUGCAAACGAGGAAAGUCAUCUGUGUGAGACUCAACAUGGGACAAGUACCACCCAAAAAGUGUCCCGAAAACCUUCGUCCUGAAACUGUUAGACCUUGUUUAUUGCCCUGCAGAAAAGACUGCAUUGUGACUCCUUACAGUGAUUGGACACUGUGUCCUUCUUUAUGUCAAGAAGGGUCGGUUGUUACUGUAUCAAAACAGUCUCGACAUCGAGUCAUCUUGCAGCUCCCGGCAAAUGGGGGCCGUGACUGCCCAGAGACCUUAUAUGAAGAAAAAGAUUGUGAUCCUCCUCCUGUCUGCUUGUUUUAUAGAUGGAAGACACACAAAUGGCGCCGAUGCCAACUUGUACCAUGGUAUGUUCGGCAAGACAGCCCAGGUGCCCAAGAGACAUGUGGUCCAGGUCUACAAGCAAGAGCUAUUACAUGUCGCAAACAAGAUGGCAGCCAAGUUGAUAUUGGUGAAUGCCUCAAAUAUGCAGGGCCUUUACCACCCUUAACACAACUCUGCCAAAUUCCUUGCCAAGAUGACUGCCUAUUCACAACCUGGUCAAAAUUUUCUGCCUGCGGUGUGGACUGUGGAUCAGUUAGAACAAGGAAGCGUUUGCUCAUUGGGAAGAGUAAGAAGAAAGAGAAAUGUAAAAAUCCUCAACUAUAUCCACUCAUUGAGACCCAAUUCUGCCAAUGUGACAAAUACAAUGCCCAGCCAGUUGGGAACUGGUCAGACUGUAUAUUACCUGAAGGCAAAGUGGACAUACUUAUGGGAAUGAAAGUUCAAGGAGAUAUCAAAGAGUGUGGACAAGGCUACCGUUAUCAAGCCAUGGCUUGUUAUGAUCAAAGCAAUAGACUUGUUGAAACAUCCCGGUGCAACAGUCAUGGCUACAUUGAGGAGGCUUGCAUUAUUCCAUGUCCAUCAGAUUGCAAACUCAGUGAGUGGUCCAAUUGGUCUCGCUGUAGCAAAUCCUGUGGAAGUGGUGUGAAAGUCAGAUCUAAAUGGCUCCGAGAGAAGCCUUACAAUGGUGGAAGGCCCUGUCCUAAGCUGGAUCAUGUGAAUCAGGCUCAGGUCUAUGAAGUGGUCCCUUGCCAUAGUGACUGUGGUCAGUAUAUAGGAAUCACUGAACCCUGGAGUGUCUGCAAAGUGACUAAUGUGGACUUAAAAGAGAAUUGUGGAGUGGGUGUGCAAACCAGAAAAGUGAGAUGCAUGCAAAACACGGUGGAUGGUCCUUCAGAUAUUGUGGAAGACUAUCUGUGUGAUCAAGAAGAGAUGCCAAUUGGUGCUAGAAAAUGCAUACUGCCAUGUCCAGAAGACUGUGUAAUAUCCGAGUGGGGCCAUUGGUCUAGGUGCUCCUUGCCCUGUAAUGGAAGCAGUGUGAGGGAACGCUCAGCCAAGAUCUUAAGGCUGCCCCAGGAAGGAAAGGCCUGUCCUUCUACAAUGGAGACAGAGCCUUGUCAUCUGAACAAAAACUGCUAUCACUAUGAUUACAAUGUGACAGACUGGAGUACUUGCCAGCUAAGUGAGAAAGCUGUUUGUGGCAUUGGGAUCAAAACAAGAAUGCUUGAUUGUGUUCGCAGCGAUGGCAAGUCAGUUGACCUGUUGUAUUGUGAAAAGCUUGGUCUGGAAAAAACUUGGAAUAUGAACACCUCCUGCAUGGUGGAAUGUCCUGUGAAUUGUCAACUGUCAGACUGGUCUCUGUGGUCUGAAUGUUCGCAGGCUUGUGGUCUAACUGGAAGGAUGACACGAAAGAGAACUGUUACUCAACCUUUCCAAGGUGAUGGCAGGCCUUGUCCUUCACAAAUGGAGCAGUUCAAGCCUUGUCCAGUUAAACCUUGUUAUCGAUGGCAGCAUAGUCCAUGGGAAGAAUGUAAAGUUGAGGAUGCCCAAUGUGGAGAAGGAACAAGAACUAGAAAUAUUUUCUGUGUGGUCUAUGACGGAUCUAGUGAUGAUAUUGGCAAAAAAGUCGAUGAAGAAUAUUGUGGGGAAAUUGAACCUAUGGUUGAUGGCAAUAAGAAACUUGUACUUGAAGAAGCUUGUACUGUACCUUGUCCAGGUGACUGUUACUUAAAGGAAUGGUCACACUGGAGCAUUUGUCAGCUGACCUGCAUCAAUGGGGAAGAUCUUGGUUUUGGAGGAAUACAGGUUCGAUCACGAGCAGUAAUUGUUCAAGAUGUAGAAAAUCAGCACCUUUGUCCAGACCAAGCUUUGGAGACAAGACAGUGUAGUGAUGGCCAUUGUUAUGAAUACAAUUGGAUGGCCAGCCCCUGGAAAGGGUCAUCUCGGACUGUAUGGUGCCAAAGAUCAGAUGGUUUGAAUGUUACAGAUACCUUAAUUCACAAUGAACUGGGAGGUUGCUUAAUGAUGCACCAACCAGAUGUGGACAGGUCAUGUAAGCCAGCAUGCAGCCAGUCCCAUUCUUACUGUAGUGAGACCAGAAUGUGUGUUUGUGAACAAGGGUAUACAGAAGUAAUGUCUUCUAAUGGCACACUUGAGCAGUGCACUCGCAUUCCAGUGGUAGUUAUCCCCACAGUGGAUCAUAAAGAAGAUGUGAAAACUAGUCGAGCUAUAAACCCCACACAGACACCUAUCACCACACCAGGACGAGGAAGAACUUGGUUCCUCCAACCUUUUGCACCAGAUGGGAAGCUGAAGACCUGGGUUUAUGGUGUAGCUGCUGGUGCAUUUGUUUUGCUCAUCUUUGUAAUAUCUAUGGUCUAUCUUGCCUGUAAAAAGCCAAAGAAGCCACAGAGGAGACAGAAUAACCGUCUGAAACCUUUAACCCUGGCUUAUGAUGGAGAUGCAGACAUGUAAAAUAGUUGUUUUCCAUUCUUUAAACUUUUGAAACAGUAGUAUUGAAAAACCGCAUGCACAUUGUGGACAUUACCAACAGAUGUUACACAAGAAAAAGGAAAAGAAAAAAAAAGAUAAGAUGGAUGGCCAUGGAUGAAAUCUUUGUUCUUCAUCACCAAUUGGUACAGCAAAUUCCAAUGGUCAUUUUCAGUUGUAAGCACAUCAGCUGAGCAUCUUUAUGCGGCACUCUUUGAAUCAUACGAACUAUAAAACCACUUGCAUAUUAUGUUGAGAUUUGGGAGUGUUGAUACCAGAACAGUCUGCUGCAUUAAUCUAACUUUACUCAGUAAGCAUGGGAAGAUCAUACCAGAUUGUCUAUAAUGCUUUAUAUCCAAGGUAUAUAAUAUUCAGUUGCAUCAUAGGUAAAAAAAAUCUUUCAAACGAUAUACUGGUUGAAAAUCAAGUUAGUGUUUAGCAUCUUGUAAACUUUAACUGAGAAUAACAAACCAUUGAACAGGUUUUAGCAUUUUUGGAUGACAGGAGGCAGUUUUCUGAACUAAGCUUUCAAAGAGAUAAAGACUUGCAAAAUUCUUGUCUUUUUUACCAGUCCCAGGUACGGAAGCACUACUACCACACACAUUUAUCAAGGAGUUAAGCAUCUUCAGAUUCAAAAUUUUAUACAAGUUGUCUCAACAUUGAAUAUCUAUGUGUAAUACUUUUUACUUUCUCUAACUCUCAAACUGUUGCCUGGAACUUUUUUUGCUACGGAUAAGGCAAUAUAUAUAUAUAUAUAUAUUGCACUAUAUUAGUGCCGCAUGAUAUGCACUUAUUAAUGAGUAUUGCCAUAGAAACUGUCUCUUUUCAAUAAGGGUGAUGGUGAAAAUCCUGAUCAGACAGACAGUUGUCAGUAAAUUUUUGAUUCCUGAUAAAAGUAGAGAUCAGUUUCCAAAAUGUUACUGGAUAGACCAGCUAACACAACUACUGUUUAUAUACCAGUCUUGUAAAAGCAGCUGUUUUUUAGUCAAAAUGCUGGCAGUAAUGUAAGUGUCUACUUUCAGACUCUGGCGGACUUCUACAGUUAGUAGAUUUUCAAGUUGAUUUCUUAUUUCUUUGAAGGUUGUAAAUGACUAGAUUUUUAUAUUGCUAACUUUAUAAAAAAGAAAAAAAGAAAAAAGUGGUUGUGCGGUAAUCUUGGGAAAAAUACUUAAUUAAACAGUGUCCCAAUAUGCUCAGUGGAAGGAAUAUGAAUUUACUACCUAUUUUUCUCCUGCUAAUUGAAAAUAUUUCAUUGCUGAAGGAUUGAUAGUCCUGUUCUUACUAUUUUGGAUAAUCUGAUACAAUCUUGAGUUUGCUUGAUUUCUUUCUUUUUUCUUUUUUGGGUGGGACAUUUCAGGACAAUGGCUAAUAUAGACUAUUUUUAAAAAUAUAUCCUGAUUCAUCAUUGUCACGUACCUAAUCUAAGAUGGAAACUGUAAAGUGCUCAUGGAGCUUUCUCACUUGAAAUGCCUCUCUAGUCAUUUUAAGGCAUAGAAGUGAUAUUUUCACCAUUCUUUUGAACUGAACCAUCAUAGUACAAGCUUUUCCUCCAAUGUGCAACUUUUUAUAUAAUCAUUCUGGUAAUAGCUGAUUCAUUUCUUUUAUCUGCUUACAUUCUGAGGUUUGUAUUAAAAAUGAAUCCAAUUUUAUUCCUAUUCAGAACCAUUUAACAUUUCCAAAAAAUAAUGUCCAUUUAAGAUUGUGUGUAUGUCUAUAUAUAUCUAGUUCUGAACAGAUAAAUAAGCAAUAUAGCUCAUCAACUUUAUCAGACCUGUUACACAUAAUAGUAUUAGUUCUGACACCUCAGGUCUAUGUCAAUAAGCUAAAUCUUAUGCCUGGAGCAUUAUGUAGUGAUUAAUUAAAUCAGGCAAUGCACUGCCUAUUGCUCCCUAUUCAGAUCCUUGCCAGGCUUCCUGACUCAGCAGGCUAUUUAAAAACACGUUUUUGUAAAAAAAGAAAAACAGUACAUGGAAAAAUGGCCCCUGGAUUGUGAAAUUAUCUGUGGUAGCAUAUCAAAAUCAGCAAGAUAAUAGAUGUGAUUUUGUGAUUAAAGUCCUAUUCUUUUAUAAGUCACCCUCAACUUAUACUUAUUCAUUUAACAACAGUUUGAAAUUACAAUGGCCUCUGAAAAAGUGACUUAUGACCUGUCCUCUCACUUAGACAGACACAUAAACCCUGUGGUUAUAUGAUCACUAUUUGGCCAUUCAUCAACCAGCUCACCUUUACAAUAGUUGCAGUGUUUUGUGGUCACUUGACCACCUUUUCACCCUGACAGCAUUCCUACCCAGCUUCCCAAAAAAUUGAGAAAGCCGAAUUCACUUAAUAACUGCAUGGUUCAUUUAAUAACCAUGUGAAAUUCACUUAAUAACUGGUGAUUCACUUAACAAUUGUGGUGGAAAUGGUUUUAAAAUUGGGUCCGGUCCGGUGUCGUUUACUUAAUGACUGCAUUGUUUAGCAACUGAUAAUCCAGUUCCAGUUGUGGCCAUAAGUGAAAGGCUGCCUAUAUAUGUACAGGCUUUGAUUGUGAUACUGCACAUAACAUGAUAUGGGACGGUCUCCAGAGCAGCGGCUCUAAGCCUUAUAGGAUGCAACAGCCUCAACAUCUCUAAUGGUGGGAAUGAUCUUGAGAGAGGUGGGGGGGGAGCCACAGCCAGGCAACAAUUGGAUAAGAGGCAUCUGAGCCUGUAGAAGGAAUGUGGGCAUGGCAAACAUCUCGGAAGGGACCCUUUCUCGUUUCUUGGACUGUAAAGGCAAGGAGAGAGUAAAGUGUUUUCAGACUUGCAAGCCUGAUAUCAGUUUUGCAAGGCAGUCCACAGAGGGAGCACACCCAAUGACCUAAUUAUGCUUUAUUGUAAGUUUACAUUAGCAGAAUCUUGUAAGUCCCAAGGUCAUUCCCACAUGCCGUAAUGACACCUCAAGGAGGGCUGUUUUACACUUGUAUGCCUGAUGAGUACUUUGAACAAGCUCUUCAUUUGUGCAGCCUUCCUUUACUCAACUAUAAGAGAAAGUAUGAAUUAGUAUUCUUAAAUAAUCCAUCAGUGAAAGUAAAUUCUUCAGACUUGUGUAAUUAUUGGAGAAUGGGAGGCUUUCCAUUCUCCAUAAAGAAGUAUAUAAAUUAUACUGUAUCUAGGCUGGAGCAGAAUAUUUUGGUCUCCAGAAAGUUUUGGAUUUUGGAUGUACUUGCAUCACACUCCUAAUCUUCUCUGACAUUCCUUUUUUCAGUCCAGCAUCUGGGGAAAACAUCACUGGUAAUGGAGGUAAGACUAUAGACAUUACUUAUGGUCUCUGGGGCCAACACUAUUUGUGGGAAUUAGGCACCUACUGUAUAUCUCCUCCAAAGCCUUCACUCUGCUACACCUAUUCUGGGUGUGGAGUGGUUUAGCCCAGUCUUAAUCUUGAUUCAUGUUCUGUCCACUAAUAUGCUGAGAAUUCUUCUAUACAACCUAGCCAUAAUAUUUUCAAUCUUGAUACAGGUUCAGAAUCUAUCUACUCUAAUACUGAUUAUGCUAUUUUAAAAAGUGCUUCUAUAUGAGGUGAAUCUGCAGUUAUCAACAUGAAGGAGGAAUGUUCUAAGCAUCCUUGAGCAACAGAUGUUUGGAAAAUAUAAACAAUUCAACCAGUUUACUAACAUUAACUCCCAAAGGUACUAUCCAAAUAGAACCACCAAACUUGAUUAUAUUCACAGUGUAAUCUUAACAUGGUCAUUUGGAAGCAAGUCAAAUGUGUUCAGUUGAAUUUAGUCUCAAGUAAGGAGUGCAGCCCGGAAAGGUAAGAUGUGUGAAAUACUUAGAGUUUUCAUUUAAUGUAAAGACUUUUUUUUAAAAAAAAAUCAUCAUUGGGCCAGCGAGAAAGUCAGAAACGUAGCCUGGAUUGUGUUAAAUCUAGCAAACAAAAAGUAGUAUUAAAUCUGUGAUUGCAAAUAUUUAUCUUUAUGAGAUGAAGUUGUUUUUAAAAUCUGUUUCUACAAAUCCAGUGCUUAAAUCGGCCACAGCAGUAAAUUGUUAACUUGUAAAAAUAAUAUUUUCAGUGAUCCUACAUCUUUAAUCCAUCCUUGAAAUACUGAGUGUGCAUGUUCUUAAUUCUGUUCUGUUUGUAACUUCAGUUUAUAAAUGGUAGUUUUUAAGUAUGAUUACAUUUGCUGGUUCUUCCAACAUUUUUCAGUUUUUAAAACUUCACUUUGUUACAUAUGUUUUAAGUAUUUUUCCCCAAACGUAAUGCUGUAAAAUGAUUAAUUUUAAAUCAUGUAAACAACAUUGUAAAAGAAAGUUUUGGAAAGAAAAGAAAUAUUUUCUUUUUAAAAAUUGUGCUUACUCAAAGUAAAAAAAAAGGAAAAUUCUUUUCCAUAAUGUUCAAUGCAAUCCUAAGAAAUUAGUCCUGUUGCAUUCAAUAGGGUUUAUAUUCACCUAAGUGUACACAGGAUUGCAGUCACAAUUUACUUGAAUUUUCUGCUCUCUGUUCCUUAGAUUAUGAACAUGUAUGACUGGGGAAAUGUUUACCUUUUGGUUAAUUUGUAAGCAGUGUAAGGCAUCUUCAUUUUUUAAUUAUGUAUUUUUCUUUUUUAAUGGACACAGCUGCAAAUGUGUGUAUAUUGCCACCAAAUUUUAUUCAGUUAAUGUGGAACACAUGAAAAUGUAAAUGUACUUACAUUUUCAAAUGGGAUAUUUGUACAUAACUGAGAUGAUGCAAACAAUAAAUAUUAACACAAAAUGGAUAA